UGGUGUUGAAACGUGGGCUUUUAAUUUGAAGGUUCUGUCAUUACAUAUGAACGUGACGUCAUCGUUUGUGCUGUUGGCAGAACGCGAGCUUCCCGACCAACAUGGAGAGAAAAGUUUUAGCUCUUCAAGCGAGGAAGAAGAGGGCAAAAGCGAAGAAGUCCAGCAAGAAGCAUCCUGCCCACCCCAGGGGUACAGCAGCCCAGCAGCAGCCCCAGCCAGAGGCCUCUCCCCAGGAGCCAGAUGAGCCUGAGGAGAUCCUAGGCUCUGAUGACGAGGAGCAGGAAGACCCCAACGAUUACUGCAAAGGUGGCUACCACCAUGUAAAGAUAGGAGACCUGUUUAAUGGGAGGUACCAUGUGAUCAGGAAGCUGGGCUGGGGACACUUCUCCACUGUGUGGCUGGCCUGGGACAUACAGGUGAAGCGGUUUGUGGCUAUGAAGGUUGUGAAGAGUGCAGAGCAUUACACCGAGACAGCCGUGGAUGAGAUCAAACUGCUCAGAUCUGUGAGAAACACGGACCCUGACGAUCCCAAGAGGGAGAUGGUGGUUCAGCUACUGGAUGACUUCAAGAUCUCCGGCGUCAACGGGACUCAUGUGUGCAUGGUGUUUGAGGUGCUGGGGCACCACCUACUGAAGUGGAUCAUCAAGUCCAACUACCAGGGCCUUCCACUGCCCUGCGUCAAGAGCAUCAUACGCCAGGUUCUCCAAGGCCUGGACUACCUUCACACCAAGUGUGAGAUCAUCCACACUGACAUCAAGCCAGAGAACAUCCUGCUGACGGUGAAUGAGCCUUAUGUGAGGAGGCUGGCAGCAGAGGCUACAGAGUGGCAGAAAGCAGGGGCUCCCCCUCCCUCAGGGUCCGCAGUCAGCACAGCACCAGCUCCAAAAGCAGUGGCCAAAAUGUCCAAAAACAAGAAGAAGAAGUUAAAGAAGAAGCAGAAGCGUCAGGCGGAGUUGUUGGAGAAGUGCAUUCUGGAUCUGGAGGAGAUGGAGAAGGCUCCGGGGAGGGGAGAUGAGGAGGAUGAAGAUGAAGAGGACCCAGAGUCUCCAGUCUCUUCCAAACAGCAGCGGACAUAUUGUGCUCCUCUCAGACAGGUUUCCUUACAGGAGACAUCCAGCCAAGACACAACCGCGUACAUUGCGGGUGCGGAAGUUACGCGGAUCGUACCAGAAAGCAUAAUAACUGAGGUAGAGGUGAACUUUAACGGCCUUCGUCCAGAGGAAGAGGAAGAUGAAACAAAGGAGAGGAAGGCACAGUGGAAGGAGGAAGACCAACACAACGGUAACACAGACCCAGCAGAAGAUCACGUUCUUCUUCAGGAGUCAAACCCACAGGAGUCCAUAUUAUCAAACCCACAGGAGUCCAUAUUAUCAAACCCACAGGAGUCAAUAUUAUCAAACCCACAGGAGUCAAUAUUAUCAAACCCACAGGGGUCAAAAAAGGUGUCAAAUGGUCAGGAGUCUCCACCUCCUCAACCCGUGUGUAACGGCCUGGUGUCCCCAGAAACAGAGGAACCUAAGACCCCAGAGAGUGAGGGGAGUGGAGCUCUACCCAGGAAGGUGACUGAGAUAAGGAGAGAAGCAUCUGAGAUGGAGUCAACAAGCUUCAGGGUCCGUGAGGAGGAGGAGCUGUCACCGGAAGAGGAGGAACAGGAGAAGAAGAAUCAGGAGGAAGUCACGGAGGAGGCGCAGGAUAGGAGUUGGGAGGAGGAGGAGCAGAACAGGAGUCAUGAGGAGGAGGAGGCCACAGAGAUGCUGGAUAACAUCCAGUAUGGAGGAGAACAGGAGAGUCUAAAGGAUGCCAAACUAGCAGCAGGAAACCUCCUGGUCAACCCCCUGGAGCCAGUUAAUGCAGGCAGACUGAAGGUCAAGAUAGCAGACCUGGGGAACGCCUGCUGGGUGCACAAGCACUUUACAGAAGACAUUCAGACGAGACAGUACCGUUCUCUAGAGGUGCUCAUUGGCUCUGGCUACAACACACCAGCUGACAUAUGGAGUACAGCCUGCAUGGCUUUUGAGCUGGCUACUGGGGACUACUUGUUUGAGCCCCAUUCCGGGGAAGAUUACUCCAGGGACGAAGACCACCUGGCUCUGAUUAUUGAGCUGUUGGGAAAAGUUCCCCGUCACUAUGCACUGAGUGGGAAAUUCUCACAGGAAUACUUCACCAGAAGAGGUAUGCUACUGUGUGUCUGUGGCCUGCCCUGGGGGACGUGGGAGGGGUGUGGGAAGAGUAGGGAGGUAACGCAGGCAAGGUCCUCUGACUGCAACAGAAGCCCCACCAUCCCAAUUGCUAACAUUCCAAUGUCCGGUUGGUACAAACUAUAGUAGGGAUUGUUUGAAGUUCAAUUCAAAUCUCCCGACCAUCCGGAUCUAAGCCACUAUGGCACCAAUGUUGAAGAACAUUUGCUAAUCAACUUGAUUGGAGGUAAACCAACACACUCCUCGUCAUGAGCUGCCCAGCCAUUACCGAGAACCACAUACUGGAUUUUUAACAGGGUCAUUUAGCAUUAGGUGAAAAAAUGUACAUUUCUUGCCCCAACCUAACAUAUAGCUCAAUAUGUCGGUGUUGGAUAAGGAGGAGACGACAGCAUCCAUAAAUUGAUCAUUGGACUUUUCACCUUUUUGCACUGAAAUAUGUUUGUAAGGCCAACAGUUACUCAAUAGAGCAAGCUACAGUAAGAAAAAGGUAGACAGAUUUCAAACAGGACAAACACUGCAGUUAGCUAUGCUACAUUUCAUCGACCUAAGAAUAACCAAGACUACAACACGCACCAUAGCCCAAAAUGUUUAAUUUAAGAAACGGUAAGCUAGCUAUGUUGAACUGCAUAUAGAAAAUGGUUGAACCCCAUACGCACAUGUAAGCGCAAGCUUCGGUUCAGUUGUGCACUGCAAGUGUGCAAAUGCAUGCUAGCAACUUACCAGACUGACAGCAGCGCUGUUUCAAACAUGUAGAGUAAAUUCUGGCAUUCGGAUAAAGUGUCAAGUUACUUUUCAGUGUGUGCCCAGAAAAUCUGAAUGUAAAAACUAGUCUGGGUGUGAUGGUGCUGCACAGGUAAAACAUCAGAAUCAUUGCCUGCUUGAGUACGUUUGCAUACAGUGUUAAUUUGAUUAUUAAAUUGAUUAUGGCAGUAGGCAAAUUAUGCGUCUUGCUGGAACGGAGGUGAGACCAGCUCUGACUCUCAAGGGACGAGGUUAUUGCCCUCAUCUGUAAGGUGCACGCCAUUUAUAUUGUACUGCCCAGGAACACACUGCUAGAUGGUAGAGGCCUAUUGUACUGCCCAGGAACACACUGCUGGAUGGCAGGAGGCCUAUUGUACUGCCCAGGAACACACUGCUGGAUGGUAGGGGCCUAUUGUACUGCCCAGGAACACACUGCUGGAUGGCAGGGGGCCUAUUGUACUGCCCAGGAACACACUGCUGGAUGGUAGGGGGCCUAUUGUACUGCCCAGGAACACACUGCUGGAUGGUAGAGGCCUAUUGUACUGCCCAGGAACACACUGCUGGAUGGCAGGAGGCCUAUUGUACUGCCCAGGAACACACUGCUGGAUGGUAGGGGCCUAUUGUACUGCCCAGGAACACACUGCUGGAUGGCAGGAGGCCUAUUGUACUGCCCAGGAACACACUGCUGGAUGGCAGGAGGCCUAUUGUACUGCCCAGGAACACACUGCUGGAUGGUAGGGGCCUAUUGUACUGCCCAGGAACACACUGCUGGAUGGUAGGGGCCUAUUGUACUGCCCAGGAACACACUGCUGGAUGGUAGGGGCCUAUUGUACUGCCCAGGAACACACUGCUGGAUGGUAGGGGCCUAUUGUACUGCCCAGGAACACACUGCUGGAUGGUAGGGGCCUAUUGUACUGCCCAGGAACACACUGCUGGAUGGCAGGAGGCCUAUUGUACUGCCCAGGAACACACUGCUGGAUGGUAGGGGCCUAUUGUACUGCCCAGGAACACACUGCUGGAUGGUAGGGGGCCUAUUGUACUGCCCAGGAACACACUGCUGGAUGGUAGGGGCCUAUUGUACUGCCCAGGAACACACUGCUGGAUGGUAGGGGCCUAUUGUACUGCCCAGGAACACACUGCUGGAUGGUAGG